AUGAAACGAGCCGAAGCGAGAUGCUGGAGAACAUGUCAUGAGUCUACUGAUGUCUGCUGCGCCGAGCCUGGAAUCUGUCGUUCACUGCGAAGGAACACGACAUCUUAUCAGAGACGGCAAAAGUAUCUCUCUGUCGUGCUUCGGCAAGGCCUCCAGCUUCCAUUGGAGGUGAAGUAUUGGACACGCCAGCAGCUGGAAGUGUUCGUCAUGAGCGGUGGCGUUCUGCGGCCCAAGAACUGCUCCAUGCCCGAUGAGCGACUACUGGCAAACGCGUCCAUGAGCAAGGAUGAGAUUGUUCACUCCCUGGCCCAGGCCGCGGAGUGGAUCGCCAAUGCAGAUGCGCUGCUAAUUGGCAGCGGCGCCGGGAUGGGCGUGGACUCCGGACUGGGUACUUUCCGUGGCGGAAAGAAAGGUGUCUGGGAUGGCCUGGAGGCAGUUGGUUUGGCAUACGAGGAGAUCUGCGAGCCACGAUGGUUCGACGAGACCUCCGGCGAUCCGCGAUUGGCCUGGGGCUUCUGGAACCAUUGCUACCGCGCAUACCAGGACAGCCGGGUGCCCGUGAAUGUGGUAUACGCUGUGAGCAAGUUGCCGCCCUGCAGAGGUUUCGCCCUGUUCCGAGAAGACAUCCGGGACCUUGCAGCUUUGACGACUGACAAGGUGGCAAACCUGCUGAUCGUCAACACCCUCAAGGUUGGUUUUAUUGUAGCACUGUAUUUCAAUUUCGACCGCACCGACAGCGGAUUCCAAGAACGGACCUAUCAGGAGGAUCAGCUCGCUGUGCUUCUGGGAAUGACUCUCCUGACGUCCUUUUUUUUCCUGAUGACCUCGAUAUGGUUCGCCAUGCACGCGCUGCAGCUGGCUCAAGCUAUCACAACCAAGCUGCUGGUGCAGGUCGUGCGCAUUCCCAUGCCAUCUGAGAUCGAGAUUGCCAAG